AUGGAGAACACUCUGUCCGUCUACGAGCGGUUCGCGGGAACCUACAUCUACGAUGGCGGCGGCCAGCUUGUCUACUGCUUCGGCCCCUCCCGGGACACGCUCAGCUCGGCUUGGAGCCGGAUUCGCAGCCAGCUGUCGUCCUCCUCGUCCCAGAAUGUCUCCUCCGAGACGGGCCAACCGCUCUCCCGAACGGUCGUGACGGUCGAGGUCGGUGACGAUGAGAGGUCGGAACGUCUCGUCAUGCUCCAAAGACGGAGACGCACCUCCGACACCAUCGGCAUCGCCCUCAAGCUGGAGCCAGGUUCAUGUCCCUUGGCGGACCAGGACCUCGAUCUCUUCUUUGCUUCCCUGAUUCUCUCCGGCAUGCACCUGGAUGCCGACGGCGACGUGAAAGAGUCGACGCCGGACCGCGUGACGGACCUCAUCGUCGAUCUCUUUGACGGCGCUCUCCGAUACGUCGCCAAGGAUGACAUGUGGUUGCGGGGAGGCAGAGAGGUCUUUCGAGACAGUGUCCGCCACUUUACCUGCAGGGGGCAGCGGGUCGAGUUUUGUCUUCCGGCCUUCCCCUGCAAAUCCUCCAACCCGAACAAGGUGCAGGGCACAUCGCCCGACCGCGGUGAGCUCAUUGCCUUGAGCAACCUGCACGACUUCAUACAAGCCAUCGAGAGCAUAUAUCCACCCGGAGCCAAGCUGUGGAUCAUCAGCGAUGGCCACGUAUUCAGCGACUGCAUCGGCGUCGAUGACGCCGUCGUCGACGGGUACGGAGCCCAGCUCAUUGCCAUGAACGAAGACAUCGCUUCGAGUCGAGGCGGUGUUGAUCGGAUAGGCUUCAAGUCCCUCGUGGACAUAUUCGCCCCCGACCGGUGCGUCCUCGACCGACGCGACUGCAUGCUGGACCGCAUUCCAUGCAUCCAGCACGACAUUCAAACCAAGCAAACGACGGAGGCCGAGACCUGUCGCCGCAUCCUGCGUCUUGGCUUUCAACUUCACGACAGCGCGUUGAGGGAGAGCAUCGACAAUCAGGACAAGGGUAUCCUGGCCCUCUAUCGAGGCUUUUCCAAGUUCAUGCUCGAGGAUCUCGAGCUGAACCCUUACACCAACGGUCUCAGCCAGUCGAAGCGCAGGAAACUGGCGGCCAAGGUGGCCUUUGAGAUGAUUCAACGCAAUCAAGCAUAUUCCAAUCUGGUGGAGAUCAUAUUCCCGCACCACGUGCGACUCUCGAUCCAUGCGUACGACCUUGCUUCUCUCCGCAUGCCGUCGCCCGAGGUUCACAUGCUCGGCAAGGGCGUGCGGGCGGCGAAAGAACUCCUGCCCGACGCCGACCUCGCUCUCUUCCACGACCAGCUCCAUGUGCCGACCCCUUGGCACAACUGCAUCGUCGAUAUCGAAGGUCACCCAACCCUGUACCUGACGAAAUCCAGCGUCGCACGAGCAGCCCUCUCCACCGGGACCUUUGUCGGACGUUGGGCCGGUCACUCGCCGCUCAUGGGAGCCUGCUUUUCGCUGAGCCCCGCGAUUCCCUUGCGGACUGCUCCAGCUACGCAGCCCCCUCAUGCAAUACGAGUACCAGAGCAUGUAUAG